AUGGACGCGGGCGGCGGUCCCCUCCUCCCCGACAGCGUCCUCUAUGAAAUCUUCCUCUACCUGGACCACGUAGACGUGCUCUCGGUGGGCCUGGUGUGUCAGCAGUGGCACGCCGUUGCCCGCGACGAGUUCCUCUGGAAGGAGCUCUUCUACCGCUACUAUCGCAUCUCCCGAGAGGUGCCCCGGCACCCAGCUGCUGUCUCCUGGUAUGAUGAGUUCCAGAGGCUCUACGACACCAUCCCCUGUGUGGAAGUGCAGGCCCUGAAGGAGCACAAUGACCAAGUUCUGCACCUCAGCUUCUCCCACUCUGGCUGUUUGUUUGCAUCAUGCUCCAAAGACUGCACUGUCAAGAUCUGGAGCAAUGAGCUGGACAUCUCCCUGCAGCACAGCUCCAACAUGAGGCCCUACAACUGGAGCUACACCCAGUUCUCCCAGUUCAACUCCGACGACUCCCUGCUGCUGGUGUCGGGUGUCUUUGUGGGCCCUCACAACUCCUCCUCAGGAGAGAUUGCUGUCAUCAGCAUGGAGAACUUCACACUGCUGUCCAGGGUGAGGAACAAGCCCUAUGAUGUGUUUGGCUGCUGGCUGAAUGAGACCAACCUGAUAUCUGGCAACCUGCACCGGAUCGGGCGCAUCACCUCCUGCUCUGUGCUGUGGCUCAACAAUGCUUUCCAGGGCAUCGAGUCUGAGAAUGUGAACGUGGUGAAGAGGCUCUUCAAGAUCCAGAACCUGAACGCCAGCACCAUCCGCACCGUCAUGGUGGCCGACUGCAGCCGCUACGACUGCCCUGACCUGCUGCUGGACUACGAGGAGCAGCUGGCAGCCUCCUCCGCCUGCCCCUGCCCCAUCUUUGAUCUUGGAAGUGACAGCGAGGAAGAGGAGGCCAAGGCCAAGCAGACCCUGGAGCCAGCGGUGCCGGAGGUGCCGGGUGCCAGGGACGUGGCGGCAGAGGCUGGGCUGCAGCAGCUCUUUGAUGAUAUCCUGGAGGGCGUGAGGCCAACCCUGACCGAGACAGAGCUGGAGACAAAGGUGGCUGAGCUGUUCGUGCGCAGCAGAACUAAACCUCCUGAGCCCAACCUGCUCCCCGCCGACAGCAACAGCAAGGCAAAGUACUUGAUCUUCACCACAGGAUGCCUCACUUACUCCCCACACCAGAUAGGGAUUAAAAGGAUCCUGCCCCACCAGAUGACGACGGCAGGGCCGGUGCUGGGGGAGGAGCGGCGCUCGGAUGAGUUCUUCGACUCCCUGGAUCACGUCAUCGACAUCCAUGGGCACAUCAUCGGCAUGGGGCUGUCCCCUGACCACAGGUACCUGUACGUGAACAGCCGCGCCUGGCCCCGCGACUGCAUCAUCUCCGACCCCAUGCAGCCGCCGCCCAUCGCCGAGGAGAUCGACCUCCAUGUCUUCGACCUGAAGACCAUGAAGGAGGUGAAGAGAGCCCUGCGGGCACACCGGGCAUACACCCCCAACGAGGAGUGCUUCUUCAUCUUCCUGGACGUCAGCAGGGACUUUGUGGCCAGCGGGGCCGAGGAUCGCCAUGGCUACAUCUGGGACCGGCACUACAACAUCUGCCUGGCCAAGCUGCAGCACGACAAUGUGGUCAAUUCGGUGGCCUUCAGCCCAGUGGAGCAGGAGCUGCUGCUGACUGCCAGCGACGACUCCACCAUCAAGGUGUGGCGGUCCCCACGCUCCGUGCGUGGCCAGCAGGCCAGGAAGCCCCGGCCCAGGAAGCUGCUCUUCUCCUGGCUCAUGAACCAGAAAAGCUGAACCCAAGUACACCUGCUCCUGCAGCUUCCUCACU